AUGCCCGCGACUGCUCCCUUUUUCAUACCCGUCGCUAUCUGUAUCGUCCUGCUUUACACUGGCUAUCGCAGGCUUCUUCCCAAGCCCAUUCCUGGCAUUCCAUACAACGAGUCGGCAACCCGAUCUCUCCUUGGCGACAUACCAGAGAUGAUGAGGUAUAUCGCCAAAACUGAGGAAAUCUGGCCGUGGAUCACAGAACAGAUCACCAAACAUCAAUCGCCUAUUGUGCAAGUUUUUGGGAGGCCCUUUGCCCGGCCUUGGGUCAUCGUAUCCGAUCACCGCGAGAGCUCUGACAUCCUCCUUCGUCGGACGAAAGAGUUCGACCGAUCUGAUUUCACAGCUGAUGUCUUCAUGGGGCUGGUGCCAGAUAUGCAUAUCAGUAUGAAAUCGACAGAGAAUCGGUUCAAACUUCACCGAAACCUCUUGAAAGAUCUCAUGACACCUGCCUUUCUCCAUGGUGUUGGUGGCCCACAGAUAUACGCCAACACGGAGACCUUUGUAAAACUUUGGAACUUCAAGACGGAGGUGGCACAGGAGCAUGCUUUUGAGGCUGGUGAAGACAUAUACAAUGUGGCGCUAGAUGUCAUCUUCGCGACCACCUUUGGACUGCAAAUCCAAGAGAGCAACACAUUCGCGCAGUUGCAGCAACUUUUGGGAGCUGAGAAAUUUGAUCUUCCACAGGCCCUCACCGACCCAAUCUUAUUCCCUCAGUUCCAUCGCCCGGCAACUUUUGAAGCGAUCGCAACGCUUACAGAGUCUCUAGAGGUAUCCGUCAAAGCGCCUUUCCCUCGCUUCGCCCAUUGGAUCUUACGCCAACUGCCUUAUAUGCGGAAAGCCAGAGCCUACAAGGAGAAACUCUUCUCCGACAUGGUUGAUGAGUCUCUGAACAGAUUAUCUUCCGGACAUCAAGCCAAGAGAUCGGCUCUCGAUGACAUCUUACAGCGAGAGAGGGCGACUGCAAAGAAAGAUGGUCGACCACCCAGGUACCAUUCCCGCACAAUUUAUGAUGAGCUUUUUGGGUUCAUCAUUGGUGGUCACGAUACGACAAGUACAACGUUGACAUGGACUGUCAAAUACCUCUCCUUUGCUCAAUCCGCGCAAACCACUCUCCGCUCCCGUCUCCGGGCCGCGUAUGCUGCAGCGACAGCAGAGCAACGUAACCCAACCAUGGAAGAGAUCAUCAAGAUUCAGGUCCCGUACCUUGAUGCCACCAUUGAGGAGAUGUCUCGGACGGCACAGCUCUUUAAUGGAUCGAUUCGUACAACUACCACGGACACCACACUGCUAGGCUACAGCAUCCCCAAGGGCACAGAUGUGUUUCUCAUGCAGAACGGGCCCGGGUACCUGUCACCUGCUCUGCCUGUCAGUGAUUCAAAGCGCAGUGCCUCCAGCUUAGCCGCCAAGAACCAGGUUGGCCAGUGGACACAGGACGAGGAAGACAUGAAGACAUUCCGACCUGAGCGCUGGCUCGUGCACGACUCGCAGGCUGGUCAAGAGGUCUUUGACUCCCAGGCGGGACCACAUCUUGCUUUCGGCCUGGGUCCUCGGGCGUGCUUUGGCCGCAGGUUAGCAUAUCUCCAGAUGCGGAUCAUCCUGGUCAUGAUGAUCUGGAACUUUGAGUUGAAGGAGACCCCGGCUGAGGUCAGCAGCUGGGCGGCCACGAACAAGCUGGCCCGCCAUCCCCGAAUGUGUUAUGUGAGAUUGGAGAAGGCUGGAUUCUAG